GUAGCGCGCGUGAAUACGCGCACGUGAGCGCGCGCGCAAGUUUCAUUCGUGUGUGAGGGCUCGUGCAGGAAAGGAACAGGACAUGAGCGCACAUUGAGAGAGCGGCUCUUUUACUCGGCGUGAUCAUUUCACGCUUCCCCCCGAAGCCUUUUUUCCACCUAAAGCGUUUAGUUGCAGCUGACUGAGCACUUGCAGGGAGUGCAAUAGGGAGCGGAAGGGUCGAAUUAUUUCAACCUACAAGGCGCCCCAAAAGUACUGUAGGACGAAAGAAAAAAAAAGAGAGAGAGAGAGAGAGAGGGAGGGAGAGGAGAAAGAGUGCCAGAGAGAGAGAGAGAGAGACAGAGAGGAAGAGAGGGAAACACUGGAAAAAAGUUUUUGUUCUUUCCCCCUUUUUUUCCUCCCUCCAUCGCCUCCCCCUGUUCUAACCGGGUAACAUGGACCAGGGGCCCAAGAGUCCUGCACUCGGGAGACUCGGGAGAGCAGGACAUGGUGGGGUGAACCAGCUUGGAGGUGUGUUUGUAAAUGGCAGGCCCCUCCCAGACGUUGUCCGACAGCGAAUAGUAGAGCUCGCUCAUCAAGGUGUUCGACCCUGUGACAUCUCACGCCAGCUACGGGUCAGCCAUGGAUGUGUCAGCAAGAUACUGGGCAGGUACUAUGAAACGGGCAGUAUUCGCCCCGGGGUAAUUGGGGGAUCCAAACCAAAGGUUGCUACACCCAAAGUGGUCGACAAGAUCGCCGAUUACAAACGCCAAAAUCCCACCAUGUUUGCCUGGGAGAUCAGGGACAGGCUCCUGGCCGAGAGAGUUUGCGACAACGACAGCGUCCCCAGCGUCAGCUCCAUCAACAGGAUCAUUCGGACUAAGGUUCAACAGCAGCCUGGUCAGACGGGCUCAGUGUCGGCUCAUAACUUAGCAACGUCCGUGGCUGCCACACAGGUUUCAGCCGUGACCAGCGACUCCGCCGGCUCUUCGUAUUCGAUCAGCGGCAUCCUGGGAAUCAGCUCAGCUGCUGAUGUGGGCAAGAGGAAGAGGGAUGAAGCUUUGCAGGAGUCACCACUGGCAAAUGGGCAUGGCCACAGUGGGAGGGACUUCCUCAGGAAGCAGAUGAGAGGGGAGCUGUUCUCGCCACAGCAGAUCGAGGUAUUGGACCGCCUCUUUGACAGACAGCCAUCCUGUCCAAUCCAAUCCACCACUGAGCUCUAUGUGAGCCCUGACUCUGGCAAGACAUCAGAUUACUCGGCCAUGGCCUCACUAGCAGGCGGACUGGAUGAGAUGAAGAACAGUUUGGCCAAUCCAGGCACAGGGGCAGAGUUAGGAGCCAGCGUGUCCGGUCCACAAUCCUACUCUCUAGUUCCAGGUCGAGACCUAUCCAGCACAACUCUGCCAGGCUACCCUCCUCAUGUCCCUCCCACAGGACAGGGCAGCUACUCCACUCCUUCCCUCACUGGUAUGGUACCUGGAGGUGAUUUUUCUGGAAGUCCAUAUUCCCAUCCACAGUAUUCCACGUACAAUGAGUCAUGGAGAUUUCCGAACCCAAGCCUAUUAGUGUUUCAGCAGGAUUAUGGGUCUCUCCUGGGGACGGAGAUCGGCUGCUCGUCCAGUCUCUUCACCAGCCAGGCAGGACAGAUGCAAGGGUCACCAUACUAUUACAGUGCUACAUCACGGGGGGCAGGCCCUACUGCCACUGCAACAGCCUCAGCCUACGAUCGCCACUGACCCCCUCCAGAAGAGAGAAGACGAGGAUGAUAAAGGAAGGGAGGGAGAAAUGGAUAGCACCAGCACCGCUCAGUGAAAACUCGCCUUUGUGUGGACUACAAUGAGGAGAAGAUUUCAAACUUUGACGUCAGUAAAGUUUGCAUUUUCUUUGAUUGACUCUUAAAACAACAAACAGACUCCUUUGCUUUAGCACAAUACUGUCAGGGUAUACAAUACAGUGAGGAUAAAGGACUCGUUUUGUCAACAGUUUUGUCUGUCCACCUUUAAAAAAAAGAUCAAGGUUUAAUAUCACUAUCUUGUUUUAACUAGUAAUCCACAAAUCCAGGAAGUCAGGACUGUGUGUGCAUCACUGAAACUUUAUUGUGAUCUUCUGAGCAAAAUGAUGUGUUUACAGGCUGGGAAUGUUUUUUCUUUUUGAACUGAUGAGAACAAAUUCACUUUUUCAGAAACUAUUUUUAUGACUUGACAUCAAUCAAAUUUUUAUGUCAUGCUUCAGUGGAGUAAAGACAAUCCAAUCCUCAUAAAUUUUUUAAUGACCAAAAUCAACCAUAUUAUUGUAAUCUCCUUGCUGUAGAUUCAACUAAUUUUCUCUGGGAUCACAAUAAUUAGGGUUGUUUUCUAACAAAUGUUCGCUAUGCCCCACUCCAUUUGUUAGCUUUUGAAACUGCCAAGCUUUCCAUUCUUGCAGAACACGUAUGUAGAGAAUUUAAAGCUAUUUUUAAAGGUAAUAAAUUCUUCAUUUAAAAUCUAAGACAAUAUUUAGUUGUCAAAUGUGAGGGAAUUAAAGAUGUAAUAAAAGUUACAUUAAACUAUAUUAAAAGGGACAGUUGCAGAUUCUAUCGUAGGCUUCACAAAGUCAGGUGAUGUAGUACAAUGAGCCAUGGAGUCCAUAUGGAGAGCUGUUAGAAUGGAUGAAUGGGUCAGAUACUGGAAUUUCACCCAGCAGACUGGGAUUUGAGUCAAGUGUGAAAAUCAGUGUUGACUUACACUUAUUUCUUUCAUUUUCAGUUGCUUUUUGUUUAGGUUUAGGAACCAAAACUACUUUAACAGGUUUAGUAAAAGGCCAUACUUUGGGUUUAGAUAAAUUUAUUGACAAUUUUAAAAUAUAUUAGAAAGAAUUUGUGCCCUAAAGGCCUGAGGUCAAACUUCUACCACAUGCUGUGGAAAUCCAGAGCUUGAUUAACCAGUCAUGACUAGAUGUGGUUGCUAGACUGGUAUUUGAUUAUUCUUGUUCAUAGGCAGAGUUGCCUUGUGCCUGAUAGCAGCUGGGAUAGGCUCCUAUGGAUAGAUGGAUCAGUGCAUGGAUAGGUGGGGUUUAGCGAACACUCAGUUUAAUUAGUUGAAGCCAGGCCAGAUUUAUUCCCUUAAAAGGAAAACUUUAUCCUAACUGUAUCCUCACAUCAUGGAUAUAUUAAGGAGAAUUGGACACCUGAUGCCAAAGAUGGCACCUGCUCAUUUCACAAAAAAUUGUUUGACUGGUGAGCCAAAAAGAGUUCUUGCAGAUUGGUUUGCCACUGCCCAUUUUCAAAGGUGUUUUCAUGCACUGGACCUGCACAUAUGUUUAUAAUGAUGUAGCCAAAAUUAAACUUAUUUGCAAAGACACUGGAGAGAUUAUGUUACAUAGAAAACCCACAAAUUCUUAAUUAUUCCAGAUCUGGUUAGGGGUUGGAUAUGUCCUGCUAACAGUUUUAAAGAUAACUCUUUUAUGUUUGGUUUAUAGAAGAGCCACAGGGAUGAUUAUUCUCAGCAAUAAUCACCUGGAAAAUGUGACAGCCAGCCAGAGCGAUGGCUCUGUUCCCAGCUCUCUUAAUACAUCCAUGCCUCACAUGCACACUUUUACAUUUCAAGUGGCUUCAAUACAAUUAACAUACAGGCCUUUUAGCAAAGCACAGCCUAUAAACUGAUGUAAAAAGACAAACAUCAGAACAUAAGUUCACAUCCGACCAAAACCCCUUACACAAGGUUGCGUUACUGUACAGGAAGGUGCUAUCCUACCUCCCCAGCCAAGAUUUAGUAGUCCCGAUUAAGAGCUAUUUAUAAUGGAGGAGACACAGAGUAAUAUAUUAAGACAUUUUUUCUGCGCUGCACUCUGUGAUGAGAGUGAAUGCCUGUAAUGAUUUAUAAUAUUGUCACACUGUUUGUGCUAGAAUAGUGAUGAUAUGAUGAUGAUAUGAUGAUGAUGCAGUGAAAUAUGAAAUCUGAAAAACUUUCAGUAUAAGAAGUCUUUGUUUAUAGAUGUGAUAAGACUGAGAUUUUCCUGUUUAUAGUUUGUUGCCUGGUAUCCGUUGACACAGGUGCCACUUGAUAACACGCCAUUUUUUAUCCGCCUCCUGUAAGUUCAGAUGAAGAACCAGGAACGAGUGGCACCCUCUCUUUCUUUCUCUGUCUUUCUCCUUCUUUUUCUCUCUUGAAACUCCCCAAAGAUGGCCCCCCCAAGUGGAUCGGCUGACAAAAGCACAAAGAGACUCAAUCAUCAUUUUGAAGGCGCCAUUUUUGACCUAUUUUAGAACCGCUGAGUUCUUCUUCUCCCCUUUUUGAGUGCUUGUCCUUGUGCUGUAUGAUUUGACAUAUUGAAAUAAUUCCUAUAAAACACUGCUUUCGUGAAAAAAAUAUUUGAAAGUUUUCUUUUAUUCUUUUCUUUUUUUGUUCCUACAUCAGUUCUGCGCUGUGACAAUGCUUGACACCAGGGUCGAGGCCUUACCCAUCAUGUUCAGAGUAGGACAGAUUUGCCCUUCAGCACUGAUCUGAAAUCAGUGUUAUCUCUCCCAAAUGUCAGAGUCCAGUAUGCUGAUCUUGUGAGAGGGCAAUGUCUCACUAAACCUGUAUGUAGCUUCUUGUUUUAAUUCUGUACACAUAAGAUUUAGUUGAUAUACAGUGAAAGAGAUGAGAAGUCAGAAUGUCAAUGGCAAUUACAAUUAUUCACAUCUAAAUUUAGAUUUUUAGUGUUGGAGUUUUCUUUAUCAUAAAAAAAGACUAAAGGUAUGUGAUGUUGUUUUAGCCAUUUUCUGCCAGUGUUUACAUAUCUUUUGUUUUCCUCUUUGCUUUGGGUGACUGUAGCGCAUCAUUGCUACUGUGUAGUUUUUACCAGCUUACAGAUUGGAGGCACCAAAUCUGCAGUUUGAAAGAUAAAAUAUAGCUAUAUAAACAAAACUAUGAACACUGAACAAAGCUGUUAGUUUCUCAAUCUUUGUUGCUUCCUCAUUUUUUUUAGUAGGAAUAGAGUUGAUCCAUCUACAUUUGUAGACCUUAAAAGUUGUGCAUACACAACUCUAAAGAAGAUUCUUAUAAUGGCCCACCUGCUGGGCUGCCGCUGUGUAUCUCAGCAGGAGCCUUUCCUUCCUUCUGUCUUUUUCUCUUGAUCCUUCAAAGGCAUUAUUGAACCUGAACCACACCAGCUGAAAACAAGGACAGUGCCUUUAGCUUUAUACGUCAACAUCCCCUGACUGACCACGAGUCACUAAAACAUGAUUCAGCGUCCCUCCCUUGCUACUCCUACAAAACUCUGGUCCCUCUGUCCAGGCAAACACAGGGUUGUAUAUUAUACAAAGCUUCACACAAACGGCAAUUUCCACAAUGCAUCAACAGAAACAUUAUAGCUCGCACAACAGGACCUACAACUGAUCAACAGACCUGAAAGCUUCCAUAAAUGUAGACUUCUCAGUCACAGAUCUGCAGGACUUCUUUUUCCAGUUAUUAGCUUUUGUCAUGCUCAGCAGCAGAGUGCUUAUUACUGCAAUUGGCAUAAAGGAGAUUACCAAUUUAACUUUAGUGUCUAUCACUAAUAAAUGGACGAGUGUUGUUCACACAGCUCUACACCUACAUUCAAAGAAUAAAAAUUGUGGGUGUUUGUUGGCUUAAAUUAUUAUUAUUGCAUAUUGUCAUUGUGCAUUUUAUAUUGAACUCAGAAAGGCCACCAGUGUUUUUUUAUUUCUUAGUUUACUUGUAUAAAAAUAUACAAGUAAACAAGUUACAGGUGGGGCUGUAGCACAGAAUCAUUCCUGAUGCUGCAAAGCACAUAAGGAUGGCCCGUUGCUAUGGUUUCACCUUCAAAUUCAACACAUUGACCCUUGCAGACUUUGGCAAAUUACAAAAUUUACAUUACUUGGACACUUGCUGACAUUUCAACUCAAAACCAUAAAUAAACCAUCUGCAAUUCACCCUGGAUUAUAUUUGAUUUGAUGUUCAAAUUCAUCAUAAAUUUAUUUUACAAGAGUAGGAUAUAAAUAUAGACACAAAGACUUACAAUGGCCAACCAGUCAAUUCAUGAACCAUUCACCUCCCAGCUGACUAUAUAUAGUAUAUAUGUAUUAUUACAUCCGUAUAUGCAUUAUUACAUUAUCAUGUCAGAUGACAUGAACAAAAUUUUCCUUCUUCAAAGUCAAAAAGGUGACCUCUCAGCCACUAAGUGCAUAUUUCCUGCAUGAGUUUUUUUUUAUCUUGAUCAGAUCUGUGACUGAAAUGUCCAAAUUCAAGAAGAAAUCCAUGCAGGAUCAUGCUAAAUAUAUUGGGCUUACACAUGAGCAAGUGGUUUGUUAACACAAAAUAUAGCAAAAAAGAUAAAAAGCGACAGACGUAACACUGUUUAACCAGAAUAUUUUAUAAAUUACACGUUGUUUCUUUUAUUCCUCAUCAAACCACACACACUUACACGCACACUCAUCUGUAAAGACAACUAAAUCACAACAUCAAAUGCACCAAACUCAACACCUGUUAUCCAGUUUAGCCAAGAAUCUGAUGAUAUGUUAACAGGAUAAUUUGGUGACUAUGCAUCUCAUAGCGACACAGCUUGCCUUGCUGUUGCUUUGACCUAACUGGUUCACGUGGGGAGAGAGUGGAUUCUCAGUUGUUUCGACUGGCAGCUGUGACAUUGACUGCGGGGACUUGAUGCGGGACUUGUCAUUGCGGGUGGUACUGUAGAAAGCAUGGCAGGCAGAGGCCACACACACACACACACAUACAAAUAUAAGUACAGACACACACUUUCUCCCUCCCUUUGUCCUUUGUGAAGUGGUGAUCGCCCCUCCUCUUAUGCCCCUGUGUUUCCCAGGGGAGGCCAGACCUGCUGCGCCAUCAGAAGCUCAUCCCGUCUUUUCUAUCAUCCCCCUUCCUCAGCCCUAAUCUCAUCAUAUCUCACUCGUCUUCCUCCCUUCUCUCCUCCGUUCCUGUAGGACUGCCACACCACCAGGAUUAGAAAUAUUAAAACUAUUCUGUUGAUUUCAGGCCUGUGACCUUCCUUAAAAAAAAGUCCCCCUUCUUUCUUAGUCUGUCCUGUUAAUCCUCUCCUUCUCUUACUUUUCUUUCUGACUAUUCAGACGUGAUGCUCACUGUCCUGUCAGGAGUUCUGCAUAGGAGUGAAGGGCAUCUUUUUUUCUUUGCUGCUUUUACAAAGGUGAGGUCAUUUCAUUGGCAAUACUGCAGCCAGUAUUUGGUCAAAAAUAGUUAUGAAGUUUUUAUUUUACAACUCAGUUUUCCGUUGUUUAGCUAAAGAAUUUCAAAUUUCAAAGACAGCUACCUGUUUCAGACCAAACAGACAUUUCAUUUCCAGUAUUUCUACAGUUUACUGUCAGUGAAUUUCAAUCCCCACUCUAGGUCAGAUAGGAAACUGAAAUAAAUGCAAAUCAGUUUGUUUUUUUUGUUUUUUUUUGGUUUUUCCUUUAUUAUGAUUUCCUACCAAGUGUGCACUGCCUGACUGUAUCUCAAUAUGAAUCCAUGAAGAUAGCUACUGCCUUCCAAAACCUGAGGGGAAUUCAGCAUCACAUCUUGACAGCAAUUAGUGGCACAAUCUGUUUCAUGCUUGCUGAUAUAACUAGGCUCUGGACAGAUCUCAUGCUGAAGUGUUAGUGUUCUGUACAUCUUAAUAUUAUUCAUCUGUGGAAGAGGAGUAAUACAUAAGACUCAGCCUACAAAAAUCGACUGUGCUUUUUUAAGCAGAUGUUUCAAUCAAAAAAAAAAGGAUAAUAAAAAAAAUACAUGAUAUUUCACCUUACUGUGGCCUUUCGUGUAACAAUCUGGAGUUAUUUUGUGUCCUUGGCUUCCUAUCUGGGGUGUUGAAGAGAUAUUUAUAUCUGUGACAUUUUGGUAAAAAAUAGAAAUAAAAAAUGAACAAACAAAAUACUGAAAUAAACACGUCACCAUGCAAAGACAUGCAAAUAAAGAAAUUCGGUUUCAACAAAUUCUGCUUGUUCUUCAAAAUCCAAUCAUGACGAAAAGAAAACAUAUCUGUAACAUUCACCAAAGCCUGUGAUGCCUGUUUUAAAUAAUAAAUUCUUGUACAAAAAACAUAUAAAAUAGCAGAAAAGACUUACAGAUACAAACACAAAAUGAAGAAAAGUAAUGCCUUCAACUAUUCUGGAGGGGAUGAUAAAAAAAAAAGUUAAAGAAAUGCUUCUUUAAGAAAAAUGUGUAUGUUUUUUAUUCAAUUUUCUAGUAGUUGCAAACAAAACUUGGUGUUUUUUCUCUUUGUGUGUUGUGUGUUGUCUUAAUAUUUGAAUGUAUUUUACUCCAGUGCAAAUUUGCCAAAGAUAUCAUAUCACUUGAUUUCUUUUCUUUUUUAUUCUUUUUUUUCCUGACUUGUGAUUGGUUUUGUUAAGAGAACUGGAAUUAAAUGGUGAAUUUGAUAUUAUGCUUAUUUUUUUAAUAUUUCUAUUGGUAAUAUCAUUAUUUUAUUUCCUGCCUUUGAGUUAACUGUGAAAUAUUAAAUUGCAGUUUGCUUGAUGCAUCUCUUCAUACUCAGUCUGUGUACCUGUCCAUCUGUCCACCUGAGUGACUGUUGUUGGUGAAUUAUUCCAUUUAUGUACCUGUAAUGUGAAACUAAGAAGUAAUUAUUUGUAAAUAUUUGCCAUAAUUUUAUUGGUCAUUCAGAAUAAACAUAAUUUUGGAAGUUAA